AUGGCGUACCGGACAAAAAUUUGCAAUGAAGGCGGAAUCUUCAAUGCAUCUAGACCAUCCGAAUACAGCGCAGAAACUAGGAAAUAUUUAAAUGAGCUGAUCAAGGAGAGCCGCUUAACGACGUUACAGCGGAAGUCUCUGCAGGGUUGGCUAAAAUCCGGUGGGGGGGAUUCGCCGUCAACAACAUCGGUCCGUCCCGUUUCCGGAACGUCUGCAGCUCCCAUCAAACGGUACCGGUCGACCAGGCCGCGGAUGCUCAAGGACAUCGUCGAGUCUGGGGCCUACGAACCGGAAGCCUACAAACCUAGCACGAGACAAAAAAAUUACAACGGGGAAAAAGAAAAACUGCAGAGUAUAAUGGCUUACGGUAGAGUGACUAAAUUGGAUCCAGUGGCUGUAGUCAAAGUUCCCAAUAACCAGAAAACCUCCAAUGAAUGUACCGACGAAGAACUCAUUAACGCAGUGAUAUUAGAAAUUGAAGAUCGCGAAAAGUUUCUAUCAGACAUGGAAGCUUUGGGCCAAGGGUCCAAGUACAGUGCCUCCAUAAGCCACGAGAUUUGCCACCGGAUAAGAAAAUUGGAAGCGUUUGUCAGUAAAAAUGCCUGUAAACACAGGCUGGCAGAUGUGAAGGACAUUGCUCAUAAAUACCGAAUACCGUUGGGAUUGCCGAAAGCACUACCGGGAUCGGUAUCGAUCAUUUGA